AUGGUUGUAAAAGGUGAUAAGAUAGUAUUUCCUGGUGGAGGCACUCAUUUCCACUAUGGAGCUGACAAAUACAUUACUUCUAUUGCAAAUAUGCUAAACUUUUCCAAUAAUGUACUGAAUGAUGAUGGAAAUUUUGCCCUAGAGAGAGGCAUUCCUGCCUAUCUUGGUGUUCUUGUGACUAAGACGCUUCCUUAUCCGAGCAGAUCUUUCGAGUUCUCCCAUUGUUCCCAUUGUAGAAUCGAUUGGCUUCAGAGGGAUGGUAUUCUUCUUCUUGAACUCGAUCGGGUACUCAGACCAGGAGAUGACCACCAAGUGAAGGGCAGUGGACUAGCUCCUUGGCCAGCUAGAUUGACUACCCCACCACCAAGACUAGCCGAUUUUGGCUAUUCAAAUGAUAUGUUUGAAAAGGACGUGGAACUCUGGAGAAGGAGGGUGGAGAGCUACUUGAAUAUCUUGGGCCCGAAGAUUCAGUCAGAUACCAUAAGGAAUGUAAUGGACAUGAAAGCAAACUUGGGGUCUUUUACUGCUGCACUCAAUUACAAGGAUGUAUGGGUUAUGAACGUUGUCCCAGAAGAUGGACCAAAUACAUUGAAGGUGGUAUACGACAGGGGGCUGAUAGGCACCAUCCACAGCUGGUGUGAAUCCUUCUCGACAUAUCCUCGGACAUAUGAUUUGCUUCACGCUUAG